AUGGCAUUUUUUCCACCGCACGCCCCUGCCGCGAGUUACCAUCAGAUACCGUCGCAACAUCCUCGCGAAUUUUACGUUGAUACUCGUGGAACGAUACCCGACGAAAGUCGAGACGGAAACGCGGGCGCUGCCAAUCCAUUCCUAUGGAUGUGCUGGCAGAAAGCGAACACUGAUCGACGAACAACCGAGAGAGAUCGUGGUUCGCAAAUUACCACCGAGGCUCAGCCUAGAUUCUCAAAUCAGGUGAAAUCAAACCCGCCAUUACCAUCUGUGUAUCGGGCGAGACCGCAAGGUCCACCUGGAUUACCAAGACACCCGGUAAAUAAUGGUCCCAUAGGACAGCCACGAGCAGGAGGACCACAGCAGCAAAUCCGUUUCGAUAAUCGACCACCAUUCGGGCCUAACAAUCCCGGCCAGUACGUGCAGCUCCGACCCUACGGCCCUCCGAGACCACCCGGCGGUACGUUUCCUCAGAAACCACCGCAACAGGGUCAACAUCCGCCUAUCAUUUUGAAUCCACGUUUUCCACAAUCGCCUGUCCAACGUCCCGGUCCUCAACUCGGACCCAGACAGUCGCAUCCUGGAAGCUAUCCAACGCAGAGGCCACCGGGCAACGUGCAACGGCCUCCGCAGCCAAGACCGGAUCACCCAAACGCGUACCAGCUGUCGCGUAAUCCCGAGGUUCUAUCACGGUCGCACGAAAUCGUGCAACAGAGGCAGUUGCAACGCAAUGAAUCGUUGUUAAACAUAGCGCAACAGAGCUCGCAGUCGAAGAGGGAAGACAAGAAGCCAACGCUACCGCGCAUAGUAGUCGACAAGAUGGCGGACGUCGACAGCUCGAAGAAGCUUCAGCAGUUCGAGAACGCGGUCUCGAAGGAGAAGUCCGAGUUACGGGAGAACACCGAGAACGACGACGACGAUGACGUCGUGAUGGAUCAAAAAUCGUCAAGGACCAACGGAGACCUCACCAGUCAGCAGAGUUUCAUCGAGUCCAAGUUGAAGAACGACGCGAAGAGACCAGAGACAGCUACUAUAAACGGGAAGAUCGAUGUCAAGCCUGAUGCGACUAUGGACAAGCUAGGUCAGAAGAUCAACGACGUUGCUGGGAACCUGAGUGAUAAGCCUGUUAAAGACUCCAAAGUGACAGAGAGCGAUAACAGGUUGUCCACCUUGAAGGCAGAUGAAGAGACUCGUAAGGAAGUGGACAAAGGCAAGCAGUUGGAGGAGCCAGAGAAGAAGCUGCUGGAGGAUCAAACUCAGAAGGAGAACCCGAAGAAAGAGGAUGAAGCAAAAGCACCGACAAAGCCAGACACGAAUUCUUCGGUCACUCCAGCUGCCAAAGAAGAGAAAGCCACGAAACCAGGUGACGCCAGUGUAGCUACUGCACCUGAACUAGCUACCAAGGUGCAAGCAGAGUCUGAACAGAAGGAACAGACUUCAAACGCGACGUCAACGUCUCCGGAGAAGCCAAGUACGACCACGCCGACAAAAUUAGGCGAAGACAAUGGCCAACGAGUACAGGCCCAGCCUAAAUCUCCGGAGAAACCGGCAGAAAAGUCUGCAGAGAAGUCUCCAGAGAAAGCAGCAGAAAAAUCUGCAGAGAAUGCAAUAGAAAAAUCUGCAAAGAAUGCAAUAGAAAAAUCUGCAGAGAAGUCUCCAGAGAAAUUUGAAGAGACAUGUCCUGAGAAGACGAGUCAGGAUAAAACGCAGGAGGAUCAGAAAACGUCCAAGUCUCCAGAAAAAAGCCACGCACCUGUAGAACCUAGUCAAACUAAGAAAGAACCCGCGCCAGAAGCCCAGUCCCCAGAAAAAUUAGAUAACGCUAAGACUGACACGACGAAAGAGAAAAGCGAAACGUCAAAGACCCCACCGUCCACGCCAGAGGAGGAUCCCCACGCGAAGCAAGAAUCCACGCCAGCAGAAGUAGGUGAGCCUAAAAAUGAAAGUAAACAGACCCAGGAGAAAGAGGAGUCUAAACCACUGUCUGUGUCAGAAACAAAACCAGACAGUUCCACAAAGGAGAUGAAAGAAGACACAAAGGAAGCAGAAUUAAAGCCAUCUAAGGAGUUAGAUAAGCCGCAAACGACCACAGAGACAAGCGAAGACAAGAGCAAGACAGAACCCAGUGAAGUGUCCAAGUCUCCAGAGAAGUCAGAGGAGAAAGAAAAGCCAUCGGAUCCUAGUCAUUCUCUCAAGGAGAAAGAGUUGAGCGAUCCGUCUUCCAAGUCUCCGAAGAAAUCGGAUUCCAACGAAGAAUCUAGUACCAAUGUCUCGGAAGCACCUGAUCUCACGCAAGACCCUUCGCGAACCACCGCGAGUCCACCUGCUUCUGAGAAGGAAGCAGGCAAGACUCAAGAGUCAUCAGCAUCGAAGGAUGAAGGCAAGGUCGUGGAAACGGUUCUAUCUCCUCCAAAGUCUCCAGAAGAGGGUGUGAAAGGUUUCGACAAUGGGCAACAAAGAUCGUUGUCGAUCAAGUCUCCACCAGCUCAGGAUCUCCACUCGCCUGUUUCGCCAAAAUCGCCCAAGUCUCCAAAGUCUCCAAAAUCUCCUAAGUCUCCCAAGUCUCCCAAGUCUCCAAAAUCUCCCAAGUCUCCCAAGUCUCCCAAGUCUCCCAAGUCUCCAAAGUCUCCCAAGUCACCGAAAUCACCUGUGGAAGACAAGAAAGAGGAGGAAAUCCAGAAAACUGAGCAGAAGAAAGAUGAGAAAAUGGUGCCAGAGACGAAAACUUCGUCCAAAUCGGCUACGACUAAAGCUCAGCGUGCAACCACUGCGAUUAAGUCGGAUGAGAAGUCAGGAAAGAAGACUUCGACGAUUCCAGAGGUCGAAAAUGGCAGUGUAACGAAUGAAUCGGUUCAAUCCAAUGCGGAACCAACCACGAAUGGCGUUGGAGACUCACCAACGAAGAAGUCAUCCUCUAAAUCAAAGGAAGCCGACAAAAGGUCGACAGCCGGAUCACCCGUGAAAUCGCCAAGUAAGUCCGUCAAAUCGUUGCCACGAACUCCAGAAACUCCCUCGUCGACAGCCGGCCAGGAGAAGAAGAAACUGCCUAUGAACAAAAUUCAAGUGGGAUCAGCGCCAUCUCCAAACCUGAAGACAGUUCGGUCGAAAAUUGGCUCGUUGGAAAACGCAAGUUACAAGCCAGGUGGUGGGAAAGUGAAAAUAGAGAACAGGAAGCUUGACUUCAGCAAGGCACAGCCGAAGAUCGCUGCGAAAAAUGAGAAAUACACACCCAGUGGUGGCGAUAAAAAGAUCGCUCAAGUUAAGCUCCAAUGGAAUGCCAAACCGAAAGUCGGAUCACUAGAAAACGCAACGUACAAGCCUGGUGGUGGUGACAAGAAAAUAGAGACAGUGAAGCUUGACUUCAAGGACAAAGCGAAACCAAAAGUUGGCUCUAAGGAUAAUGCUAAACACAUUCCCGGCGGUGGUGGCGUUAAAUCAUCGGCAACACCACCUAAGACGCCACAGGAUACAAACAACGACAUCCAAACGCAAAAGUUGGACAUUAAGGCUGAGAGUAAAAUUGGUUCCUUGGAUAAUGUGAAGCAUAAGCCAGGUGGUGGUGAUAAGAAAAUUUUCAACGACAGGGAAUAUCUUCGACAAACUGGUUCAAAUGUAGAGAGCCUCUGUGGCAGUGGAUCACAGAGCCCUGUGCCCCCUGGCACGGUCGCCGCCGGCAAGAACGGUCUGCCAACAUCGGACGAGAACCUCAACCAGGAAUGCUAGAUCACGAAAACUCAACCGCUAGACCCGAUUCCCUUGUCAUUUGUGUCUGAUUAAUCAUCCGUAAUCUAUUCUUCCCCGACGAUCGAAUCGAAGGGCAAUACUGACCCUACUAACUCAUUGGAGUCGUCCUAAACACGAGCGUUCGAAUCAAUUUUCAUCGAUGGCGCUCUCUGGUGGUUGUCGACCUUAACGAUUGAUCGCGCACAGAUCGAUCGGUCAAGGCUCGACACCAGACGAUCGUUUCGCGUGAACGAUGACCGAGAGAUUUUUCACGUGCCAUACGGGGAAACGUUCUUUUCGCACAGAGCCAUGGCGUUUGAUCGAUGAAACCAAGUGCGAACGGAGUGAAGGGGGCGCUUGAUUCUUCCUCGUCGCGUGUGCCCUUGCACGAUCGAUAACGCGUACGAUUCGCGUAGGUAACACGGCAAAUAAUUUUCUCCAUCCCGUUGACGCAUUUAUAUCCAUGGAGCCAUCAUACGGAUAACUCGCGACACUUUUUCAGAUUGUAAAAAUGUGUUGAACGCACGCUAGAUGGAACUCGAAUGAUGCUAAUCGUACCAUUGUAUACCUGUAACUAUCCGACACAUCGAAACAGUUUACCGAUUAUUACACGCCUGAUUCCUUCAAUUUUUAUAAAUGUACGAAAUACAGCGCUGGCUUAUCACGAACCUAAUUAUUAGAGCGAUAAGACGAAUUAAUCAAUAAAAGGAUGGAAAGCUUCCUUUGAUCGUGACCCGCAGAAAUAUGUACGACGAUAAUAGUGCAAAACGCUGUGCAAUUGUCUGCUAUAUACAUUGCUGUCUAAUUGUCCACCGCAAUGAAUGACAUUUUAAAACUCGAACUCGUUUCUCAAAGGGACAUUUUUCCGAUCUGAAAAGGAAAUGCAGUAUAAUAACGUGAUACGCUUAAGUUGUUAGACGAAUGAAUUCUCAUUUUUCGCUAUCAUCUGGAACACUGUCUUCACUUUGGCAUGGCGAAUAGAAUUACAUGGAAAUAGAAUUGUACGAAAUCAGAUGAUAUCAGGCUCGCUGUUCGAAUCGAUUGACAUUGUAACUCACAGACCGAGAGUAGGCGUAUUUUGGUUAAACCCGAGAGAACAAGGUAACGCAACUUUUCAGGCUAUGGUGUAAAUAGCUAAUCGUUGUACUAAAUGAGGCUUUGAAUGUGCUAUAAUAACGAAACGAGAUACAGUAGAAUUUUCAGUAUACGAAUUUAUUGCUAUACACAAAUGAUAAUUAAAGUAGAGCGAUGAAAAUAAGCCAAUAUUGGUUUUGUGAAAGGCAGCUAAAAUCAGAUCAAUCAUUUUGACUAGUUUAGUAGUUUAGUGUGAAUAUGUUGGAUUGCAUUCAAUUAUUUUUACUUUAAAAUUAUGUAAA